CAAGAGAUACUGCAACCGAGAGCAAAGGAAGCGCGGAGCGAAUGCAGAAAGAGCCUGCAAAAUAAGAUUCUUACAAAAGGGAAAGAGACAUUGUACGGGCGGCAGAAGAGGCAUGGCUUCAGGGACUUGUGAGAUAGAUGUCCUCAGGAAGGAGUGUGUGUAGAGGAAGAGGGGAGUAUUAGAGUACCAGGAUUGAGGUCUACAGGUGUAAUGAGAGAAGAUAAGUCUGAGAUGGUGAGGAAGCCUUGAGUGUUACCCCGAAAAAGAGAGACUGAGAAGUAGAGAAGAAAUAGUGUUGGUGGCGCUGAUUGUGAAGAGACAGCUCUUAUAUUUCGAGACUGCAGGUUGAGAAAAAAAAUUGGAGUUACAGUGAAGGUGCGCCAUUGAGAGACCUUGAAAUAAGCAAGCUAAUUGGAGUAGGUGAUGGAUGGGGGUUUGGUGAAACAGGGGGCUCUGUAUGUACAGCAUCAGCAGCGGUUUGGAAAGAAGUGGAAGAAGGUAUGGGCACUGUUGUAUGAAGCCACGUCCUCCGGCCUGGCACGCUUGGAGAUGUACGAGGGCUCUCUGCCUCCUGAAACAGGGCGGAAGCAGGAGUGCUGGAAACUGCUACAACUCAGCGAAUGCGUGAGUUUAUCAGAUCGAUGUGGAGAAAGCUGCCCAAAAGACACCCGGGCAUUCAGCAUUGAGACAGCACAGCGGGUGUACCUGAUUGCCAGCGAGAUCCCUGAACAGCCAAACUGGGUGAGAUCGCUCUGCAGUCUGGCAUUUCCACAGGAACGCCGAACUUUGGAGAGGACAGGCAGCCAGCCGCCAACUUCUAGUCUCCAACUACAAGAGAACUCUUUAUACAGCACCAGCAAGGAGGCCUCACCGGGUGGUCAGUUUGCAGUGCGAGUGAGGCAGACAGAUGCUUCUUCUCGCUGUGGUCUGUCCGGUGUGUACACACUAGUAACUGAAAGCAAAUGUCUUUCCCUGAGAGAUCGCCAAACGGGAAAUGUGGUUUUCAGCUGGCCAUAUCAAUACUUGAGGAGGUUUGGAAGAGACAAGACCAUGUUUUCCUUCGAAGCUGGCCGGCGUUGUGCUUCAGGAGAAGGCAACUUUGAAUUUGAAACAUCCCACGGAAGUAAUAUUUUCCAGUCCAUUGAAUCCGCCAUCAAAGAAAAUCACAAUGAUUCCCUACUUGGCCACGAACAAUAUCACGAGGAGGUCACCAAUGUACCUCGUCAACCAGUUCGUUCUGCUUCCUUAGCUGUGGGAGCGUCACACUCCACUUUGCCUUCCAACCAACCCAUCCCUGAGAGUGAAUACGCCGUGCCUUUUGAUAAAGUGGCACAAAAUCUUUUGGCUACAGGCUUCGGAGGUCUUCUUGGACCUAAUGUUCCUCCACAACCAAAAUCGAGAAAGGUUCGUAAACCUGAGCAUAUUUAUGACGAGCCAGAACUUACUCCAGUGUACGAUGAGCCAGAGGGAAUCCGUGUGGAUGCUUGGAAAAGUCAAGCCACUGAUGCUCAUGAGAUUGGGUAUGAAUAUCCAUAUCUACCAGGAUGGGAUGAUUAUGCAGUGCCCAGGGGAGGAGUAAAGGCCCGUCAAGGAGAGGAGCAAGAACAGGAGGAUGAGUGGGGAACACAGGCAAGAAAUGAAAGGGAAUAUGACAAUAUUACAUUAAGGGGAGCAAAGGACAGCUGAAGAACUGUUGCCAUAUAUUCGACAGAACCUAUGUUUCUCCCCAAUACCGAAAAUGAUCAAAUACAGAAUUCUGUUAUGAAAAA